AUGAAGGACCCCUUCUUUAUAGCGCCCAUCCCGGCUCUCAGCGAAUGGGUCCGUCCUUUCGCAGAAAGAUUUGGCCUCACCGUGUUGCCCCAGCACAUCCACGAGGUCAUCUUUGCCGCUCUUAUGUACACCUUUGUCCACCUCGUCAUAUCGCCAUGGCUCUCGAUGAAGUACGCUCCCGAACAAUACCCCACCCACAGGGGAAAGAGGGCCAGCUGGGAUGCCCAUGUCGUCUCCUUGUUCCAGAGCACGCUCAUCAACAUCCUCGCACUAUGGUGUAUGUUCGCCGAUGAGGAGCGCAAGACGUUCGACUGGCAGCAGCGCAUUUGGGGAUAUACCGGUGCUAGCGGCAUGAUUCAAUCCCUUGCAGCGGGAUAUUUUGUCUGGGACCUUAUUACUACCGCCCUUUUCGUCGAUGUGUUCGGCCUCGGGGUGCUUGCUCAUGCAAUCAGUGCUCUGCUUGUCUACUCGUUUGGAUAUAGACCUUUUCUCAACUACUACGCCAACGUCUUCAUCCUCUACGAGCUCUCGACCCCUUUCCUAAAUAUCCACUGGUUCUUCGACAAGAUGGGCAUGACAGGAAGCAAGGCGCAGCUAUACAACGGCAUCACGCUCAUUGUUACAUUCUUCUCGGCCCGCCUUAUCUGGGGAGUGUGGCAAUCCGCAAUCGUGUGGUAUGACAUGUACCGAGGCCUGUACGCCGGCCCCAAUACCGAGUUCAUGUCGGUCACACCAGCCGACGAGCAAUUGCCCGGCACCGAGGACAUCAUGAUGUAUGCGAAGGACGCAGGCCCCCUUCCUGGGUGGCUUGUUGCCAUUUACUUGGGCAGCAACCUCACUCUCACCACCUUGAACUGUAUCUGGUUCAGCAAGAUGAUCAAGGCCAUCAGAAAGCGAUUCGAGCCACCCAAGGAAGCAUCGAAGCAAGAGGAAAAGCCUGCCGAUGGCGCGGCCACGGCUCCUGAGCUUGCAGGAAAGGCCGACGAAGUCAGGAGGCGCCACAACAUUCCGGUUCCAGAAAUUGAAGACGAUCUAGGGGACAUGCAGUAG